UGGAUUCCUUCACUUUGGAGUUUCUCCUGUUACUCUUGCGGGUGUGACUGGAGCGCUCAUGACUCGGAUACACCCUCAAACUCAGCAUCCCUUCCAACAACCACAUAACUAUUUUACAUUUUUCCUCCCUGCUUUUUUAGAACUUCUUCUUCCAUUCCUUAUUUUAAGCAAAGUGCGUCCUUUUUUAUGCAGCACUAAAGUUACCUGCGCUGAAGGAAGUCUAGCUUAAAGAGCUGCGGAUGGAGCGUUGAAAUCGUAUUAUUGUUCUUAUUAUUCUUUUUAAUAACCUAUCAACACGCUAAGGAAACCGGGAAAGCCCACGGAUUCAAGGUGCCUUGGCGCAUAACGGGAGGUUUCGGGCAAAUGCCACUGCGAUGCUGUGGAUGUGACUUCAAACAGCAGCUUCACAACGGUAGAGUCCUGUAAACAACAAUGAAAGACGACUUUGCUGAUGAGGAGGAGGUGCAGUCCUUUGGUUAUAAAAGGUUUGGAAUUCAGGAGGGUACAGAGUGCACCAAGUGCAAAAAUGACUGGGCAUUAAGGGCAGCCAUCGCACUCCUCUAUGUGCUCUGUGCCCUGCUCACCAUAGCGGUGGCUGUCCUCGGAUACAAAGUGGUUGAGAAAAUGGACAACAUGACAGAGGGCAUGCAGAAUUAUGGAGGCAAGAUCAAUACUGUGGAGACAGACUUAAAGAAACUAGAUGAUCAGGCUGGAGUGAUGUCAGUUAAUGCCACUAGUGAGAUGAAGACUUUCAAGUCAGAUCUGGAAGCGUUACAGAAUCAACUACAGCGCAUUGCAGACAGGGCAACAAGUAACAGCGACAGGCUGGAUGAACUUAGGAUAACAGGAGGCGAUACGGAAAGUGGACAUGUCUCACUGCAGCGUUUUAUGGAAAACAAUGAUGCUUCACUGCGUGGCAUCAAGCAGACCUUGACCUCUUACAGUGGAAUGAUUGACAGCCUUGAGGCGGACACUGCACGGCUCCAGUCUGAGAUACAGAGCCAGGUCAAAGUACAGAGCCAGACUCAGGUUGAUGUCAGUGCGCUGAACAUCACGCAGGCCCAGCAGCGCAAUCUCCUCAGCACACUACAGAAGACAAUUGAAAAUGCAGGACAGGAAGUUCAGAAACUGAAAAAUGACUAUCAGAUUCUGCAGCAAACAGCCAGACAAACACGGGCUGACACAGAGUGGCUGAAGGAAAAAGUUCAGAACCUUCAGGUUUUGGCAGCCAACAACUCCGCCUUGGCCAGAAACAAUGAAGAAGCUCUAAAUGACUUGGGAGCUCAGCUCAGCACUUUAGCCAGCCAAAUCCAGAAUACCUCAGCUCUCACAGAGGGACAUGACCAGAGCUUGCAUGAGAUGAUGGACCACCAGAGAGACCAUGAUAAUGCCACCUCGUUUAAGUUUGACAAAAUGGAAGCACGAUUAGACAGACAUGAGAAUGACAUGAACCGCGUGACUGGAAACGUUAGCUUUGCCGCACAGAUUCUUGGUGUCAUCAGUUCCGAGCUGAAUGGCCUGAGGUCCUGUGCUGAGACAGUAAUGCAGCACUCUGACCUGUUAGUGGGACUGAAUGGAAGUGUGACACAGGCCAACGCAGACAACAGAGAGCUGCGCGCCCAGCAGGAUGAACUAACAGCCAGGUUGGACAGAGAAGUCAACAACUUGUCCAUGGUGAUGGAGGAGAUGAAGCUAGUGGACAGCAAGCACACACAGCUUAUCACCAACUUUACCAUCCUACAAGGCCCACCAGGUCCAAGAGGGCCCAGAGGUGAUAGGGGUCCUCAGGGGCCAAUGGGCCAAACGGGACAAAAGGGUGAUAAAGGAGACAAAGGAAUGCCAGGAUUGGUCGGACCUAAAGGAGAGCAAGGUGCAGCCGGACCACCAGGCGCAGCAGGUCCAAAAGGUUCAGUUGGGGCUCGAGGUCUUGUAGGACCUAAAGGAUCAAGAGGGUCUAGUGGUCGACCUGGAAACCCUGGUGAGAAAGGUGACCCUGGGGUUCCAGGGCCUCCUGGGAGGGAUGGACCUUCCGGAAUGCCAGGACCGCUCGGGCCACAAGGGCCCAGAGGAGCAGCAGGACCUUCAGGUAUGGAAGGACCCCGUGGACCUGUUGGACCCAUGGGCCCUCCAGGUCCUCCCGGUCUCCCAGGACUUCCUGGAACUCCCAUAUUUGUAAAGCCACCUCAGCCCACUCAGCCCCGUCCGGUCCCUCAACCAUCUCAACCUUCUAAACAAGUACAGGAACCACAGGGCUCUGUGUCGGUCCAGCCUCCUGUUGCCACAAGUCCAAAGCCUGGUUGUCCACGUGAAUUCAGAAACUUUGGAGACAGCUGCUAUUACUUUUCUUCUGGUUCACAGAGGCUCAACUUUGAUGAGGCCAACCGGUUUUGUACUAAUCGUUCAGCUCAUAUGCUCAUUAUCAAUAACAAUGAAGAACAGCAAUUUGUAAAAAAAGCCAUCACAGGAAAAGGAUAUUUCUGGCUUGGACUGAGUGACAGAGAGGAGGAAAAUGUCUGGAAGUGGGUAGAUGGAACCAUACCAGUUUUCACGAAGUGGAAGCCUGGCCAACCUGAUAACUGGAAGCAUGGUCACGAAGACGGCGAGGACUGUGCUGGCCUUAUCCAUGAGGCCAACUGGAAUGACUUUUACUGCACCGACCGCAUUGCGAUGCCUCUCUUCACGACCAACCCCUUUGACCAAGAUGUUGAGAAAGCAACCAGUGAGAUGAACACUGCUGAGGACUGGGGCCUCAUUCUGGACAUAUGUGACAAGAUAGGGCAGUCACGCACUGGGCCCAAAGAAUGCCUCCGCUCUAUAAUGAGAAGAGUGAACCACAAGGACCCUCACGUAGCCAUGCAGGCACUGACUCUUCUCGGUGCCUGUGUCUCAAACUGUGGGAAAAUUUUCCACUUGGAGGUGUGCUCCAGAGAGUUUGCCAGUGAAGUCAGUAAUGUCUUAAACAAGGGCCACCCCAAAGUCUGCGAGAAGCUGAAGGCCCUGAUGGUGGAGUGGGCGGAAGACUUCCGCAAUGAUCCGCAGCUCAGUCUGAUCUCAGCAAUGAUCAAGAAUUUACGGGAACAGGGUGUCACGUUCCCUGCUGUGGGCUCCCAGGCUGCUGAGCAAGCAAAAGCAAGCCCAGCUUUAGUGGCAAAGGAUCCCUCCACAUCAACAAACAAAAAAGAAGAGGAGGAUUUGGCCAAAGCUAUCGAGUUGUCUCUGAAGGAGCAGCGUCAGCAACCGCAGACCUCAAUGUCGAGUCUUUACCCAAACACCUCCACCCUGCUCUCCUCACACAAGUCUGACGGCAGAAAAGUCCGUGCCAUCUACGAUUUUGAGGCUGCAGAGGACAAUGAGCUCACCUUUAAGUCGGGAGAAAUCAUCACUAUCCUGGACGAUAGUGACCCAAACUGGUGGAAAGGGGAAACAUAUCAGGGGGUGGGGCUGUUUCCCUCCAACUUUGUCACUGCUGAUCUCACUGCAGAGCCUGAGAUGAUGAAGACGGAGAAAAAGACAGUACAGUUCAGUGAGGACAUUCAGGUAGAGACCAUAGAGCCCGAACAGGAGCCAGUGUACAUAGACGAGGACAAAAUGGACCAGUUACUGCAAAUGAUUCAAAGUGCGGAUCCAACAGACAACCAGUCUGACAGUGUUGAAUUAUUACAACUUGAAGGUGCCUGCAAUCAAAUGGGGCCCCUCAUUGAUCAGAAGUUGGAGGAUAUUGACAGGAAGCACUCGGAGCUGUCAGAACUGAACGUGAAGGUGAUGGAAGCGCUGUCUUUAUAUGCCAAGCUGAUGAAUGAAGAUCCCGUCUAUGCCAUGUAUGCCAAGCUGCAGAGCCAACAGUAUUACAUGCAGCAGCCUGCCAGCGCCGCACAACAGGUCUACCCUGGUCAGCCUGCAUCAGGUUCAUAUGGCAUGAACAGUGCUGGGGUGCAAGGCUAUACCGUUCCUAUGGAGCAACUUCCUCCUGGAACUCCCAUUCCUGGUCAACCAGCUCCCAGUGACGUUCAUAUGUACAUGGGCCAGCCGCCAGUGUACACUGCAGCUCCAGGCGGCAUGGCACCAGCAGAUGUUCAGUCCUACCAGAAUCCAGCCAGCAACCCUGGCCCAGCACCAUGCACAACUCCCGCAGGCAUGACGCAGACCGCAAACUACAGCGCUGCCUCUGGCGUGAGCAUAGCACCCUCCACAGAUGUCCCACAGGCCCCCUUCUCAGAGAAAGCAUUGUUAUAGGGCCACAGGAGCUCACUGAUAUCCUCACAGGCACAUAUGCACUCUUACAUACAGACACACACACACACUCACAAAAAAACAGACCUGAUCAAAUAGUUAUAGUUGAAAAUGUGUUUUUAUUGCAUAAGUUGACACCAGAUCAAUUAAAACACAAUUUAAACAGAGUAAACUAACAUUGGCACGUUUUCUGUUGUAUUCAGCCGAUAUACAGUCAAAGCUGCAGUGCAGAACUUUAAUUUCCUCCCUCUGGCAGUCAGAGUAAUUAAACAAAAAUAUUAUUUGAUUUUCACUGGAAAGCGUUAACCUGUUAUUUGAAGAUUCAUGCUGCUGUCAAAUGACUGCGCGUAUGUCUAGCAGACGUUUGACAUACUACUUUUAUAUGGCGGAGUUUACACUGGACUUCCAUUUUUUUUUUUUUUUUUGAAGGAGUUGGAGAGUGUUCAUUGUUGUUGGCUUUCCGUGUUUCUCUUGUUUAUACAAGCAUCAAAUCUCACAAUACCAAACGCUCUACAAGCCUGAUGCCAACUAGAUACGAGUCUUUAUUCUUCUGUUUUUGUUUGCUUUUGUUGGUUAUGUAAUUUUUGGCUUGCAAACAGUUUCUAGGUGCAGUCCCAUCAUCUUCUCGUGGUAGUAGACACUACAUCCUACCAGGUGCUAGUAAAAUAAAGGAACAAUGUAUUUCAGGAAAAGAAAUAGUUGAAUAAACUUUCUUUUCUUUUUAAACAACUAUUCAGAUAGCCAGAAAGAUCGCAUCUUUCUUUUUUAGAUCUUAGUCUCUCAUCUGACUGGUGAACUUUUCUUUUUUUCAUCCAGAGUAUUCAAAGAAAUUAGAAGCGUAAAUCUACUAAGGAUUCAGUUUCUAUCUGCCAUACGUCUAGCCCAACUCCAGCUCCCAAAGUUUAGCUCUGGCUAUUUCGCCACACAUCUCACAUUUCAAACUUCAAUAAACUGCAAAGUUUAGAGAGUUUUAUCAGGUGCUAAUAGCCUUGACUAUAGCAGACGUUCAUUUUUAUGCAAAGGUCCCACACUCCAGCUUUAAAUACACAGUUCUGCUUCUCUUACCAGUAAGGAAGUGAUCAUGGGGAUUUUUUUUAAAGAGCUCACACUACACUGAGUCACAAAGUGGGCACUGUUGUUUUUUUUAUUUUUAUUAGUAUUAUUAUUUUUUCCCACAUUUUCACAGAUGUCCUGUCUUUAGCAUAAAAGUAUGGAGCAGCUUUCAGUUUCCAUCUCUCAAGCCAGAUCACUUCAAAUCUAGAUUUGAUAGCAAUACAUACAUUCUAAUUUUUUCUUGUCACGUGCAAAACCAUUAUGGCAUUAAUUGCUUUGUAUUUAUUUCAGACUAUUGAACAAUUAUGGCAACACUGGAUUACAAAACAUUUUUUUCCAAUUAUUUCCUAGAAGAAAAACUAAAAAUUUGGUGCUAAGAAGUUGUUUUUAGGUCAUAUGGAGUUAAAUUUGCAUGCAGAAAAGGGUUGUUUUUCAGCAAAGCAAAUAUUAGAUUCUCUCUUCCAAUAUUUAAUGCUGAAGCUCGACUUCAGCAUAUGCCAUUAUUUUUGUUUUUUUCCCCCUGUAUUAUUAAAUUUAAUAGUUCUCACACAACAACUUAAAAAUAAGAAGAAGAAAUGUCAGUUUCCCACUUCUAGCUAGCUAUUUAAAAAAAUGCAAUUACUAUUUGAUCAAGUGUGAAAUAUAUGCACACACACACAAACACACAGCUUCACACCACCCUCGGUACACACACUGAGACUGCACACACACAAUGCACACUACAGGCUGGCAUACAGCAGCGAAUGCACAUACAGACACAGCUGCACUACUUGGUUCACGUAUCCUGUGAGUAGUGCGUGAUCAUUUUCCUUCAUUCACACACUGACAUAGAAAUAAAAUGACAGUGUCCCACAGCUUUCUCACCCACUUAAACAAACUAUAGUUCUAAUCAUGUCUCAGAAAGGGGUGUCAACUUUUUUUCUUCUUCUUCUUCUUCUUCUUCUUUUUUUUAAUUAAAGGACUUUUGGUCUGCUGAAAACAUCAGGAUACUCUUACAUUUUGUAUAUGUUGUCAAAUUUUAGAAGUACUGAAAACUGAAGCCACUUUGUUUUUGGAGAGAAAAGAAAGUAGAGGAACUGAAGCAUGCACAUAACUCUUGUAUAUACUGUACUGAACUAGUAGUGAAGCCACAUGAUGACCUCAUGGGUGGCGCUGUAUGCUAGCACAGCUCCGGCUGUUUCUCUCAGCCUUAAAAGCGAACUCUGCAGUCGGGAUUUUCCAGAUGUGUUGAAAGGUGUUGAGCCAAAGAGAACAAAGUGGUUGCAGGGAAAAAGUGUCUGAAAACAAAAUGGUAUAUUUCUUUAUUUCUAUUCUUUUUGCAUUGUUUUUUUUUUUCCCCUCGAAGAAACAAGACUGACUGCUUAAUUCAUGCUGCAGAGUUUUCCUUUUAAAUCGGGCAGUUACGCAUCUUUUUUGAUGGCUUUGCUUUGUACCCAUCAGGGGCUGUGUUAGCAAACCCGCACCACAGACUUGGCUACUAAGUGGGAGAGCCCCAGUGUCUCCCCAGUGUCUUUAAAGCAUUUCUUUAGUUAGUGUUGGAAAAAUAAAUGCUUUCUUUUUUCUUUUUGUAGUACGUUUUAAUUUAUGUUUGGAUUAUUGUUAAGAUAUUUUAAAUGGAGAAGCAGUGAAGGAUGUAUGUAUUCAGAGAAUAGAUCAGGAUAUGUAAUAUUCUGUCUAACUUAGUUGUAUAUUUAAUUGCUUACACGAGAACAUGGACAUUUCUCUCUGUGUUUGAUACAUGCUUGAUGUACUGUAGGCUCAAAUGAUAAUGUAAAAGCUGACAGAACCCCUCCAUGCUUUUCAAACCUGUCCGUUAACACUAAUACAGAUUCUACCUGAAGGUGUCUCUGAUUCUGAAUAUUCAGAGUCAGGAUUUGUAAACGGCUCUUUACCAAAGUCUCCCUAAGCUAAACAGUUAGCGCUAUGUAAGUCAUUCAAGAUCAAAUGUACAGGUCUGCUCCUCAUAUCCUACCGUAUUCACCUUAUUCUUCAUAUUUAUCUAAUUUAUAUUGCUUCUACUCGGACAAAGCCUUUGGGAAAGAGUUCAUGUUUACAAAAACUGACUGGAGUAUAAAAAAGGAAACUAAUUUAUCUGUUGUAUUUGACAUCGAAUGAUGUUACAUGAAGGAAUUAUUAAGAAUUGUUCAAUUUCUGGUGAAAUUAGUGUGUUGAUCUAACAAAUUGGUGUCGUUUAAGUUUUUCAGGAGGUACUAUGUUUCAAACUUCCUACUUCUCGACACCACUGUGAGAUUACAAACCGACUCGUGUUUUAAGCUCUGUACCUCCAGUUCCUUAAUUGAGUGCUAGAAAGAUGAAGAAUAUUUUUUGUUUCUUUGUUUUGUUGCCUUCAACUAAAAUCAGGAGCGAAAUGGAAAAUUAAUGUGUUUGUUCAAAGAGGGUUAAAAAUAUCCAAGUAGCAGCUGUUCUGGGACCAUAGGAGCCAGUUUAUUGUCACGUAUCAUCCAAAUGUCACAUCUUGUUGCACCCCCAGAGUUGGACUGUAACCUGAUGUACUGUUUUUGUUUUGUACAGGACUGAGAUGCUGCCAUUUUUUUUUUUUUUUUAGUUUUAAAGCAACAUUAUUGUAAAAGUUCCGUCUAAAGGUGUACCCUGCUGUUUGUAUGUAUUCUUUUAACCAUACUUAUUAAUUGGUAUUCACAAUAAAACCAGGCCAAAUGUA